AUGCUGCCUUCAUUCACGUCGACCGGGUCCAAGGUGACUCCCAGACAUCAAGCUGCUGGAUAUUCCAAUGGCUACCCGCGAUCAUCCAACACGCUCGAGUUCUCCCCUCACAGAUACCAACCCCGAGCAACGCCGGCCUCCUUACGGCGACGACGAAAAUUACUGACCCGCCUUGCGAUCAUCGCCGUGGUCUUACUCUUUGGCUUCUUCGUCUGGCCUGGUGCCUCCUUCAUACCACUUCUUUCUCUGGGCCUCUUCUCCUCCGGGGAUACCAUCGAUCUCGAGACUGUGCGGUAUUUCGACCUGUCUAAUGUCCAGGGCACUGCACGGGGCUGGGAACGGGAGGAACGCAUUCUCCUUUGCGUCCCACUGCGUGAUGCUGAGGCCCAUCUUGGCAUGUUCUUCUCGCAUCUCAAGAACUUCACCUACCCGCAUCAUCUCAUCGACCUCGCCUUCCUUGUUUCCGACUCCAAGGACAACACUCUCCAGGUUCUGUUGGACAACCUGGAAGCCAUCCAGGCAUCUGACGACGAGGCACAACACUACGGCGAGAUCUCAAUCAUCGAGAAGGAUUUCGGUCAAAAGGUCAACCAGGACGUCGAAAGCCGUCACGGAUUUGCUGCCCAAGCCAGCCGGAGAAAGCUCAUGGCCCAGGCCAGAAACUGGCUGCUCAGUGCCGCGCUACGACCCUAUCACUCUUGGGUCUACUGGCGUGAUGUUGACGUGGAAACAGCACCGUUCACUAUUCUGGAGGAUCUCAUGCGCCACAACAAGGACGUUAUUGUGCCCAAUGUUUGGCGCCCGCUCCCAGACUGGUUGGGCGGCGAACAGCCUUACGACUUGAACUCGUGGCAAGAAUCCGAGACGGCUCUCGCGUUAGCCGACACCUUGGAUGAGGAUGCUGUCAUUGUCGAGGGCUAUGCCGAGUAUGCGACAUGGCGACCUCAUCUUGCCUACCUGCGCGACCCCUAUGGCGACCCGGAUAUGGAGAUGGAGAUUGAUGGUGUUGGAGGCGUCAGUAUCUUGGCCAAAGCCCGAGUUUUCCGCUACGGUGUCCACUUCCCGGCUUUCAGCUUUGAGAAGCACGCCGAGACAGAAGGAUUUGGAAAGAUGUCGAAACGCAUGGGAUUCUCUGUCGUCGGCUUGCCCCACUACACUAUUUGGCAUCUGUACGAGCCGAGUGUGGACGAUAUCAAACACAUGGAGGAGAUGGAGCAGGAGCGGCUCGCCCGUGAAGCUGAGGAGAGAGAGAAGGCGGAGAAGGCACAAAAAAUCAAGGAUGCCUUUGGAGACACCAACAGCCAGUGGGAGACCGACAAGGCUGCCAUGCAAAACAUUGCCCUGAACGACAAGAAGUCGAGUGGUGGCAGCGGCGCUUCCAAGGAUGCCGACGUCAAGGAGGCAGCUGGAGCUGCUGUCAAGGCCGAAGGUGCCGCAGCGGAGGCCAAGGCGGCCAAGGUCCAACGGGCGGAGGCGCAAUGA